CCGUGCACGACCAGCACGACGUGUCCCGUCGUCGUCGUCGUCAGUCUUCCGCCGCGCGGCGACAGUGUACGUUGUCUGAGUGUUUUUCGCGCAUUGUCCUCAUCGUAUUGUUGACGUGUCGUGAGUGUCGCGAGUGCGAGCAGCUCGAUCGUGUCACGAAAUCGUUCAUAUUCACGCGACCGGAACGAAAACUUCAAUUUCGACGUCUUGGGUGUCGUAGAUCGACUCGUCGGAGACGACUAACUUUAUUCUUCUUUUUCUCUCUCUUCGCCACCGAAUGGUCCACGGAUGAUCCACGGAUGAUCCAACAUGGCGUCGACCGAUCUGUCGUUCGGCUCUAUACCGGCGUUCUACAGAGAAGUUUACGAGAAGGUCUGCUCGCCCACCAGCGGAAACGUGAAGCUCGAGGUGUUUAGGUCUCUGCUCGUCAAAUCGCAGCUAAGCGGCUCCAUCAUCAAUCAAAUAUGGAAACUUGUGGACAGCAAGACGGGUUAUCUCACAAGAAGCGGAUUGUAUAAGGGUCUCGCUCUUAUCGCCUUUGCUCAACAGGGAAAGCAACCGAGCGACAAGCUGCUGGAAAACUCUGAAUCCCAAGAAUUACCCGUCCCUGUUCUGGGAGAUCUGUCGGAAGUGACGCUUUUGGCGCAGAGGCUACACCGAGGCAAUCCCGCAAAGCUGAACCACACGUACUCGGACAUCUGUAAUCUGGACACUAUCGAGGUCAACCUCGUUCCUGAGAAGAAGGGCAUCUUCCUGAAGCACGUGGAGUAUCAAGUCACCAGCAAGAGGUUCAAUUCUGUGGUCUACAGGCGUUACAAUGAUUUUGUGUCGUUGUACGAUCUCCUCUUGGCACGAUUUCCGAUCCCGAAGUUACCACCGAAGAAAAUCGUCGGAGCGGACUCACAAUUUCUCGAAGAGAGGCGGCGUUCUCUUCUGCGGUUUCUCACGCUGAUCGCUCGCCACCCGGUAGUGAGCGAAGAUCCAAUUGUGCAGUUCUUCUUCACAUAUACCGGUGACGAGACGCAGCACAAGAUCCGCGAUGUGUUCAGGCGCGUGCCAGACGAAUUUGCCACAUCCGAGCUGUCGUCGAGGGCGAAAGAGCUGAUGCCGCCCGAGACGCUGACCGAGUUCGCGAAUAGCCGUGAUCAGAUACGCAUGAUACUCCUCGGGAUUUCCCGGCUGAAACAUAUCGCUGACAGUUUGGCGAUCAGAUCGCACAAUUAUGCGGUGGACAUGGCCGAGCUGGGCAACCAGUUGAGCACUCUAGCUGCGGAACAACACGGCACCGGUACUUGGGUCACCGGUGGUUCCAGUCUUUGGCAAGACAUGAAGAAGGGCUUUCACGUAAUCUCAAAAGAGUUCAACCUGCUGUCAACUAGAGCACUCCAGCAAGCGGUCAGAGAGGAGACCAUGGUCUGUGAGAGGCUUAAUCUCCUGCUUGACAUUUUAGUCGCACACAGGAUGUUGUGCGAGAGACACGAGCGAGGCGUCAGCGCCGAUCAUCAACGCGCUCUGUCUACGAUGCUAUCUCUUAAGAAGCGGCAGAUGCAAGGCGUUAUUCGCGGUACCGAUGCCGACACUGUCGAGUACCUCGAGAACAAGAUGGUCUCCCAGGAAUCCGUAAUCGCCAACGUCGAGCUGAGGAAUUGUUUCUCGUUACUCUGUCUGCACAUGGAGACUCAGCUCGUUCACGCGCACCUAGAGAUACUUGCCACCGUGCUGCAGAGUCUCGUGAGCGUGCAGAUCCGUGGGCAUUCCGAGUUGGCUGAAGUGUGGAAACUAAUCGAACCGACGAUUACAAAGUGUUUACCCGAGAAGUUAGCAAGUGGGUCCAAUGGAGGAUAGCACAAGAAUAGCAAAGUUUCGUAUAUAUCAUGCGUUGCCAAAUAAUUGAUAAUCGAAACUUGUAUACAACUCCCAGUAAGCUUGACUGUUGAUGAUCAAUAUGCCGAAGACGGGAAGAAGAAAGACGUGCAAAUUUUUUAGUCGUUCCAUAUAAUGAUUACAUAGAUUUUAUAUCUAUUUACCAGAGAG